CAUAACCUCACUUUGGCCACCGGAGUCAAAAUAAAAACAUCUGUGGUGGGUGCAGCUUUAGGCAGCUGAGCUACGUAGUGAGGAUGAAUAUCAUGCACAGAAAGGUAGCGAGAUCAAUGGCGGAUGUCCUGAGGAGAAGUUCUACGCGAUGGCUCAGUGUGCAGUGCUGUGGAGAGAAUGAGAAUUCCGUGACAAUGAAGCAACACAUUCUUGCGCAACAAUUUCCCGGGAACCACUUGAGAGGCUUCUGCACUGUCCACAGUGAUCCAAUUGGAGCAGCCCUGAUCGACGUGGUCACGUAUGAAACCGUCUGUUCAGACACACUGGAAGGACUGUGCGAAUACUUUGAACAGCUCGUCGAAAGCACGUCACACCUCAAAUCCGGCGAUGUUUUCUAUUCUGACGGUGUGUUGACUGUAAAACUAGGCGAUAAGUAUGGAACGUACGUGAUAAACCGCCAAUCGCCGAACCGACAGAUUUGGCUUAGUUCACCUACAAGUGGUCCUAAACGUUACGACUUCGUUUCCGGAGGGAAGAACAAAGACGGCAAGUGGAUUUACAAGCACGACGGAAGAAGUCUUCAUGAGUUGCUGCAGAAGGAAAUUAGAGAAAUCGUACAGAGAGACGUGGACUUCUUUAAUCUUCCGCACAGUGGAUCGCCUCGAGAGUAAAAAUGUCCAAUUUCGACAUUGAGAAAAGAACAGGUAAACUAAUUAUUUUCUUGCAUUCUCAAAGAAAAGCAAUUAAAUAUUGUCUCACGCAGCAUUUUGUGCUUGAGAAGUUAUGGAAAUCCGCUUUAGGAGACUUUUUUGACACGGAGAAAUAAUUUUUUUUACACAUUAAUGCAAGGCAAUGGGAAAAAGUUUAAUGUGCUCGUAAUAGCAGGAUAAUUCAGUUUUCCGGAGGGCAUUUGGUCCAGAAAUAUCUUGAAAAAUAUUGAAGAGACAGCUAAAUCACUAUAGGUAAAAAUAUAAAAUAGUAAGGUAAGUUUUAUCCACUGCAAAAAAUGUGGUUUCUACCGAGGUUUCUACAAAGGAUUUUUACGGAUUUUAAAUUUAUUUUAAAAAGUUAAACAUCUUAUUUUAGAAGGUAAAACAAAACAUACAAAUCGUUAAGAUAUUCAAUUUGAAGUAAAUUUCCCGUUUACAGCUCAAUUAAGUAUUUUAUUCGAUUCGUUUGGAUUCUGCCUUGUAGAAGAUUUUGAGAUAAAUUGAGAAAAUUAUAGAACUUGUGAGUAUUUAAAUUAUAAAGCGAAUUAUACCUUUAUUAUUGAAUUUCAAUAAUUUCAGGUCAGAAGAAAUCAGUUUUGAAAUACAUAUGUAUAGAUGGUAACCGAUGUUUCUGAAUGUUCUUGUGAUAUUUAAUCGUUUCAAAUAAGACCUAAUUUCUCUUUUAUAGUCAUUCAAUUUAUAUUUAUACUGCAAUCUAGUUGAUUUUAUGAGCUAAUCUUAAUAUUUCAUUUCAAAUUCUAUUUAAAAGAAAAACACCAAGAAAAAGCUCCAUUGGUAUUUCGAGAGAUUAACCAUUGCAGAGCAGUUGCUUGUGAUGUGAAGUGAGAUUCCAGAUAAAGCCGAAGUGAGAGAAAA